CCCACCCACCACCACCACCACCACUCGAUCCCCACUUCACUCGCCGACGACCAAGCGCCCUCCGUUCCGGGCCGUCGGCGGCAGCCGGAGAGUGAGGCAGAGCAACCAACUGUACCCUCGCCGGCAGGCGCAGUGGGCCCGUCGUCGGGACAUGGCCGGGCAGCCGCCGCAGGGCCCGGAGGACGACUUCCUCGACCAGUUCUUCUCCAUGGCCGGCGGCUCCUACUCCGCCGCGGCCGCGGGGGGCGGCCGCGCCGCGGGGGACCAGCCCUUCUCCCUCGCGCUCAGCCUAGACGCGGCGGCGGCCGAGGCUUCCGGGAGCGGGAAGCACGCGGAGGGCGGCAAGGCGGAUCGGGAGGCCGGGCAGCUCCCCGGGCUUUUCCCGCCGGUGUUCGGCCGUGGUGUGCAGCCGCCCCACCUCCGCCCCAGCCCGCCUACCCAGGUGUUCCACGCGCAGCAGCCGAAGCAAGGCGGGGCGGCUGUGGGGCCUCAACCGCCGGCACCAAGGCCGAAGGUGCGGGCGCGGCGUGGGCAGGCAACUGACCCCCACAGCAUCGCGGAGAGGCUACGAAGAGAGAGAAUAGCAGAAAGGAUGAGGGCUCUACAGGAACUGGUGCCCAAUACAAACAAGACAGAUAGGGCAGCUAUGCUAGAUGAGAUCCUCGAUUAUGUGAAGUUUCUGAGGCUUCAAGUCAAGGUGCUAAGCAUGAGCAGGCUGGGCGGUGCUGGUGCUGUUGCACAAUUGGUUGCUGAUAUCCCUCUUUCAGUUAAGGGGGAAGCAAGUGAUAGUGGGAGCAAACAGCAGAUUUGGGAAAAGUGGUCAACGGAUGGCACAGAAAGACAGGUUGCAAAGCUGAUGGAAGAAGACAUUGGGGCAGCGAUGCAAUUUCUCCAGUCCAAAGCACUCUGCAUGAUGCCAAUCUCGCUAGCCAUGGCAAUUUAUGACACACAACAUUCUCAAGAUGGCCAACCAGUGAAGCCAGAACCCAACACUCCUUCCUAGUACAGUAGCAGCAACAAUAGCAUGCAUCCUUACAACUACUAGCAGGCACCAAUCUAUCAAAGUGUAAGAUAAACUGCUGGUUUUCGAUUCACUAACAAGGAGGCAAGAAAAGACCUAAAAGAUCCUCUCCACUUUAGGUUGUACCAAUGGUAUAUGAUAUCACCUUCCCUUUCCAAUCUUUUUCUCAAAGGUGCUUUAAUUGCAAGGAUAUGGUAAGCAAUAACCUUCUCAUGCUCCUACAUCUUUCAAUACCCCCUAUGAGUGUGAGUGAUGGAGAGAGCUACUAAAGAGUCUGGCAUGCUCUCAUAAUGUUUCUUUCCGGGUCUGUAGUGCACUAGCCAUACACUUUGUGGUGGGGACUGCUUUUUCGGUAGUGGGUGUAUGGACUAAUCAAAAGGGAUUGAUGUAUGCGUGUGUCUGCUGCCUGCACAAAUGGUUGACAAAAUUUGAAUACAAGAUGAAAUGGAAGAUGGUGUUGAUAGCGAUGUCCAUUCUUCUCCAUUUUUCCAAAGUGGAGGGCCAAGGCUUUGGUCAAUGGAGGCUGAGCAUGCAUUUCGGCAUGCUAGUGGGUCUGCUAUCUACUUGCGAUACUUUAUUAUCGAUGCACACUCUUGAUGAAAACAUUCUUAUAAAAUUGGGAUGAGAUUAAUCCUUUAAAGCAUUGGCCUCCUCUGUCAUGAGUUAUCUUCUGCGCCAUUAUUGUUUCACAUACUAAUUUGUGGGCAGCAGCUGCUUUGCACUGUUCACUGCCAGUAACGGCGUGUUUACUUAGUUUGUGAACCACUUCUGAGAAUCUACAAUCUGGGGGAAAUGAGUGAUUGCAUGACUUUGAUGGUUUGUUAUAUGAUACUGUAAAUAGUUCUGGGACUUGUGUGCUUGCUUCUUGUCAAUUGUUCAUAAGCUUUAUUUCCAUGAAGCGCCUUAUCUUUAGAUCACUUCUUUUUGAAGUUAGGUUGUUUGGUGGUUUGAUCUGGGAACGUUUGGGGCUGCCAAACUUUUAUGUUUACUGGUUUGAAGUGUUGGUUUUCAAGAAAGAGUGUUGCCCUCAUGUCCGCUUGAGGUGUUGUAUUUUGUUGCCAUUGCUUGAUCUAGUUAGUGCUUUUCUUCUCCCAAAUGGUGUGCUGUACUAGAAUCCUGGAGUUAUAUCUGUGGUGUUAUGCUAGAAUCAUUUCCCCUAACUUAUUUUUUGUUUAUCUGUUUUGACAUAAGCAUAGUCAGUAAUAUCAAAGUUUCACAAUUUGUAUAAAAAUAUAUCAGUUGUACAUUUCUUUGGUUUCUUUGGCUUUGUUUGUGCGAAACCUGGUACUGCUACAUAUGUUACUCCAUGCUCGACACUCAACACAUCUUAAAAUGUCUCUGGAGCUGAUGUUUCUUUUUAGCAGUAGUGGAUGAGCGAUCAGACUGUUUCCCACUUAAUGCUGGCUGAUUGUGCCGCGCCUCUGUUUCCUCGCAUCAUCUUGGCAGAAAGGAUGUAUCCAUGUUGGGCUCUGAAACUGCUGAACCCGUUGCUGAUCGGGAACUGCAAGGUAGGGGUGGGAAACUGGAGCUGAUCAUGCAAGAUCAAUUGUUUGCUUGCCAGCUUCUCUGAUGCGUAGUGGAUGGCAAAAGGACGGAGUAGUUGUGGUGUGGUCUAAGGUGUUCGUGCAAUCGCUUUGAUGAGGUUCCUGGUGAGUUUAUGACCUUCGUCAAGAUGGCUCUGAAAACAUGUGAGAGGGCUCAAAUGUUAACGGGCCCUCCUUUGUUCUCGGUUUCCAUGGGGAGGCCAGUUCAGCCUAACAGCAUCGCCGCGCGCACUGCUGAAGAAGCUAAAUGUCCGAGUCCCCAACGGCCCAACCGCGUCGAGAGGGAUAUUAAAAAAAAAGCCGCGUCGAGAGGUGUCGAAUCGAACCUCCUCGCCGGCUCGUCGCGCCGCCGUGCACUGCUACCUCCUGACCGCCGGCCCGCCUGCCCACUCCGCCGCCUCCAUUCAUCCCCCGCGCGCCUAUUGCCCCUCCCGCCGCACCGCCGGCCACGGGAAGCCUUCCUGGCAGCCUGCGCGCCGCCCAGUGAGCCCACCCGACCGGGCCUCGCAUUCUUCACGGAGCUCGCGCACGCGACACCCGCCCUACCAGCUCUGCCGCCUCACGGACCCGCCCAGGCACCCACAUCGUAGGCUCGGACCUUGUGCCCGGCGGGCGGAGAGGCGCCUGUGGUGCUGCUCGGAGCGAAGGGGCUGCGAUCUGUCGGACGGUCCAGGGUGGGAAGGCAGCCGCCGUGCUUCUGCGAGGGAAGGCGCUCAGGCAGCACCGCAGCACCUCGGGUGAGUUGCUUCCAGCUGGCUGUAGUGGGUUCCUGUAAUUUCUCCCACACAUUGGCUCUCCGGCUACAUCUGAAUUUCAGUUGCUGGCUAGGAGGUACACUAGGACAGAUUACUUUGUCUCAGAGAUGUCUGACGGGGAUUCAUCUUACUUCACCUUCUACAAAGACUACAAGGUCGCGUUCAUGGACAGGGAAGAGUGGAUGUACAAGUUACCGAGGGUUAGCAACGAUAUGGCUUUCCUGCAUCAUGUGAGAAAAUUUGUUGCCGCUGCAAAAAAACAUCGUGUGAGUCUGGGUCGGGAGGGUACCAUUUGUCCGUGCAAUAGCUGCAAGAACAAUCUUCUCCAGGAAGAUAAUGUGGUGCUAUCUCACUUGAUCCGCUAUGGUUUUGUCAAGAAUUAUACUGUUUGGAAGUUUCACGGCGAAGCAGAGCCGAGUGUCACUAGUGCAUCUGAACGAAACUCUUCGACAUCCUCGUUGGUGAAUGAAAGAGGACAACAACCCUCAUCAUCAACAGCAACAGCGGGCAGCGAUGGUGCGAAUGGCGAUUACAUGUUGGGGGAAAGUUCUUCUAUGCCGAGAGCGAGCUAGCGACGGAGGAGAAAUACGCGAAGCUACGCAACUGGAAAACCAACCUCGACAUGAAUGGCUACAAGUUACCAGACAUCUUUGAGUAGGUGCUUGUGAACUAGUGAACAUUUGAUGUGAUUUUGUGAACUAUGUGAACAUGCAUGAAUGUAAUUAAUAUUCACUUA